ACAAUUUAAGAAUCUAAUUCUCACGAAAAAACCCCAAAACUUCCAAAAUCAACUUUUCACCCCCAAGAACUCAUCUUCUUCGUUGAAACGAUAAUGGCGUCGUCGAAGCACGAAGACUACGGCGUUCCUUACACACCUCUUCCUUCAUCACAACCUUCACAAACCGUAAUCCUUCUAACUCCUUAUCGCCGUAACCGUCGUCCUUCAAUCUUCCGUAACCUCCGUUGCUCUCUCCUCUUCACCGCCGCAAUCCUCCUCCUCUCCGCCGCCGUUUACUUACUCUACCCUUCAGAUCCAGACAUCACUGUCUCACGAAUCAAUCUCAACCACAUAAGCGUCGUAGAUUCACACAAAAUCGCUUUAGAUCUCUCGUUUUCACUCACAAUCAAAGUUCGAAACCGCGACUUCUUCUCUCUUGAUUAUGAUUCGCUUGUUGUUUCUGUAAAGAUGAGAACUUUAUGCUCAAGGUAAAAACAGAGAUGAUAACUAGAGUUAAAAGUGUUAUUCCUUUUGAUACUAUUGCUCAAGUUAAAGGUGCUCUUGGUGUUCUCUUGUUCCAAAUCCCUAUUCAGGGUAAAGUGUCGUGUGAGGUGUAUGUUAAUGUUAACAACCAGAAAAUUUCACACCAAGAUUGUCAUCGUAAGUGAACCGCCAUCCUAAGCUGGACGAGAGAUGAAAGACCAGAUAACAUAUGUUGACAUGUUUUGGUUUCUGGAGAAAUGAUUCGUAAGAUAUUGUAUAGAUAAAUACUCUUAAUGUUAACACUGAAAGAUAGAAGGAGAGAGAUAAAGAACUACUUUCUGUAAAGUCUUUUCUUAACUCCUUAAAUGUGUAAUAAGUGUUUGCUUCUUUU